UAGGCCCAGGAAAAACAAACCGUUAAAAUAAGGUUACGAGUGAGCCGCCAUUUAUCAACUCCUUUGUUUCCGAUCACCGAAAACUUUCUCGAUGUCAUCCAUCGGUCGUCUUCUCCUCCGCACUCUCUGCACAGAGUCACGACAUCCCGCCACCUCUGUCUCAACGAAGGAUCACUCCUCUAGAGAACGAGACAUUAAGAGCCUCCUCAAAAAACUCAGUAGCUUAUGUCAAAACGGACAGGACACCUCUAAUUCCGACUACUACGGGCACAUGGACCGCCGCAACGACUCCGUGAGACGGAUGAACUCUGCCGACGACCACCGUACCGACAAGUUCGACCCAGAACUAGAGAAGAUGGGCCUGUACUCUGUGGCUGGCUUCCUGAAAGCCUGUCCAAAUUCGACGAGUUUUUCCGAAGGGAAUCGGGUUUUCAAGGAAUUGCAGGAGAAGUUGUCCUUUGAACAGGAUAAAGUCAUCUUUAAACUGCUAGUUCCUUUGGUGUGCGAGAAGGGUGAUGUAGAUUUUGCCUUUGAAAUGUGUCAAAAGAUUUUAAGCAGUAAGUGCAUCUGCUUAGAUUCUAAUUCUAUGUUAUAAUGCAGCGAGUGGUGGAUGAAUUGGUUAAGGGUUCCAAGAUUGAAUAGGCAAAGAAGUUUGUGCAGCUUGCACAGACAGAAAUUGGUAUUGAUGAGCUAAAAUUGUCUGCUGCACGAGUUUUAGUGAAGGAGUUACUGUAGAACUUGACCAUUUGGAAAUUAACUCCAUGUUCUGUC